AUGAAGUCCAUCAUCUUUGCUACCUUGACAAGCUUGGCUCUUGCAGCCAGGCCUUACCUCAACGAGCCUGAUACCGGCAUCGACGAAGCUCUGGGAAAUACACCAGAUGGUACCCUGCCGCCUCUGGAGAGCAUAGUUGGACUCCCCGAUUUCGAAUGGGCAGCUCGUAAAUACAUGAACGCGAGUGCCUACACCUACUACCGCAAUGGGGCCGCUGGCGAAUGGUCUUACCGUAACAACUUGGAAGUGUUCCAACGCUACACUGCUCGUCCGCGUGUAUUAAGGGACAACUCCAAGAUCGAGUCGACAUUCACUACAUCAAUUCUUGGUCACAACUUCUCAGCACCUUUCUACAUUAGCCCAUGUGCAAGAGGAGCCCUUGCCAACGACAGAGCUGAACUUGGACUUGUCGAAGGUGCUUACCAAGGCGAUAUCCUGUACAUUCCUUCAGACUUUAGCUCUCUGCCUCUGGAGGAGCUGGCCGCGGCAAGACCUUCGAACGGUUCCCAAGUCAUGUGGCAGCAGGUCUACCUCGAUGCUUCCAAUGACACUGCCACCAAGGCAUCUUUCAAGGCAAUUGAAGACUCUGGUGCUCGCGCAAUCGUCUUUACUGUCGACAGUGCUGGACCCGGUGUGCGUCACCGCGCUCAACGCUACUCUGCCGGCUCGGCAGAUGUGGACUACUCCGCCUUCACAUGGCAGUACUACCAGAAGCUGCAGAAUUUCACCAGACUGCCUGUUGUCAUCAAGGGAAUCCAGACAGUGGAAGACGCCAAGAUGGCAGUCGAGUACAAGGCACCCGCCAUCGUCUUGUCCAACCACGGCGGACGCAAUCUCGAUGGCAGUCCUUCUGGCUUCGAGGUCGCUCUCGAGAUUCACCAAGAGGCACCCGAGAUCUUCAAGCAGAUUGAAGUUUAUGCUGAUGGUGGUGUCAGAUAUGGAAGCGAUGUGCUCAAGAUGCUUGCUCUUGGUGUUCGCGCCGUCGGACUCGGUAGACCAUUCAUGUAUGCCAAUGCCUACAGCACCGAAGGAGUUGCCAAGGCUGUCGAGUUGUUGAAGGCUGAGAUGGCUAGCGAUGCUGCUCACCUGGGAUUGAAGUCGAUCAAGGACAUUGGACCGGAGUACUACAAGUGGACACCGAACAACUGGUACAGCUAG